UAUUGGUUAAAAAUGGCGUCUAGAUAGCUAUCCCCGUAGGCGCAAGUGAUUGGCGACCAUAGUUUGUGAUAUCAUCUGGUCUUCUGGUCAAACCAAGAAUGUUGUCUCAUCAUCGAGGACCUAUAAAAUUGGCAACAAGACUCCUGUCUGUCUCAAAUAAUGCAAGAUGGGUCUCGACCACAACUUAUGGAAGUCAACAUGUUGUAUCCCAGCACAAGAAAGAUGUAAAACCAAACACCCUGAGUGUCGAAGAACUUAAAGACAAGCUCCGCGUCCAGUUUUCUCGAGCAAAGUUAGGUCGAUUCACCCAGACACCCCCACAUCAGGAGAACCUUUUCACAAACAACGCUUUCCUCACGUCAUAUCUGACUAGAAUCUUACCUGGUGACGUGAAAAAUGCCAUCUGGGGCGAUCUGACUCGUUUUGGCCAAAGGGCCGUCACUGAUAUCUAUCCUUUGGGCAAAGAAUGCGAAGUCAGCCAGCCCUAUGUUCGCACUUUCAAUGCCUGGGGCAACAGGACAGAUGAACUGGUAACCUGUAGUGCAUGGAAACAGUUGAAAGCAGUUUCAGCGGAAGAGGGAUUAAUAGCGACUGCGUAUGAAGGAAAUUAUGGAGAGUACGACCGUCUUUACCAGAUGGUUAAACUGGCUAUAUUUUCACCUGUUUCUGGUCUCUAUUCUUGUCCACUUGCCAUGACAGAUGGUGCAGCCAAAUCAGCAAAGAUGAUCAAGUCACCUCACUUGCAAAGAGCCUAUAUGCAUCUCACAUCUCGUGACCCCAAGAUGUUUUGGACGUCCGGACAGUGGAUGACAGAGAAAAGAG